AUGACUAGCGCUUUCUACCGUGCAUGUUGCGAUGGAGAUUUAUCGAUAGUGAAACAAUUACUUCCUACACUAUCUCUCGAGGAAAUCAAUCGAAUCGAGCCUAAUGAUUCUACCGCACUCCAUGCGGCCAGUCAUUAUGGUCAUUAUGAGAUCGUCGGACUUUUGCGGAAAAAAGGAGCGAUAUCUUGUGAUGAAGCAUCUUCACCGAAGAUCCAAGAACCAUUUUUUAUGAGCUCUUCUGCUGAUGCAACAGGUGGUCACAAAUUUGUUGCUGAAGAAGUUGCUAUCGAAUGGACGAAAGUGGGUCAUGCAGAGAUUGAGACUGCCCGGUUCAAUUAUCGAUAUUAUAUGAAAGCUGAACCUCAAAUUUCCUCCAUAGUUAAGCUCAUCCUUGAUGAAGAGGAAGUUCGGAAUGCCGAUUGGAUGCUAAAUGUUCGAUCGUAUUUCUUGAAGGCUGCCGAAGACAACGACCCAAUUCAAUUUAUUAAAGCGUACACAGCGGAAGGCACAGAGAAAAAAGAACAAUUUUACCGCCAUCUCAAUAGAAAGCUAGCCCAAGACUCUCUUCAUUGGGCUAGUGAUACACCAAAGUCCAUUUGGCAUCGUUUAUUUACAGCCCAAGUCGUCAAAGAUCCUCGUCUAAAUAAAAUAGAUAAUUGGAGAGGUAAAUGUUAUCGCAGUAUGUGGAUAACGAAAGAAGAACUGGAUGAUUAUGUCGUCAACACGGUUGUUAUCAAUAAAGGAUUCCUUUCCACGUCUCGAUCACGCUGUGUGGCCGAGAAAUUUAUGAGAAUGAGACGAAAACAGGCCUUAGAAGAAGGCAAAUUGCCUGUCUUAUCUACGUACAUUAUAAAAUGGCCUCAAAAAGCGUUGAACGUAGGUGCCCAUUCUCGUGUACCUACAGAAGAAGAAAUUCUUAUUGUUCCUCAUCGAACUGCAUUUCGCGUGCAACAAAUACGUAUUCCCGCCAACCUACCGGAGUCUCCCAUCGAAAUAACACUCAAACGCUAUUUUCACACAACUAUAUUUUCCGCUUAA